GCAUGGAAGGGUAAUCAUAUGUGACCAGUUGUAAAAAAAAAAAUUUAACACGCCUCCAUGGAUCUUCUGAACGAAUGAAAGAAUUCUGGAUGAGAGCUCUCUUGGGUUUUUCGUGAGGACAUUGCAAGCAAACAUACAGAUCCUGGAUUUGGGUUAGGUUACCCAUCAACCCAGAUGUUAGUCCACACGUACUCGACAAUGGACCGCGCUGACGGACUGACCGGCUCCUCUCCAGGUGGCCGGCUCUCACAGCUGUCUUCCCUCAACCAAGCUGCCUACUCGUCAGCCCCGCCGCUUUGCCACACACCGGCCUCCGACUUCCAGCCUCCUUACUUUCCUCCGCCUUACCCGCAGCCUUCGCUGUCUUACUCCCAGAGUCAAGACGCCGGAUACCCACACCUACCGGACCCCUACCCCUCCAUCAACCCCAUCCAUCAGCACCAGCAAGCGGCAUGGCACUCACAGCGGUCUCGGCCGGAGGACGGAGUGCUCUUGUCACAGUCGCAUCGGGCUUUGAGCCUCGACCCCAGGCGGGAGUACCCCGGCGUAUCCCGACUUCUCCACGGACUAGGAGAGGGAGCGCUUGGGGAGGGCCCUCUAGGAAUGAACGCAAUCGGUCAUCAGGGUCUUGACGAUGUACAGGCAAUGGAGGAGGGAUCAGCCCUGGGUGUCCUGGACCACUCUGUCAUAAAGAAAGUGCCUGUCCCUUCCAAGCUGAAUGGCUCAGCUCUCUCUGCCCUCUCCCUUAGCAAGGAGGGGCUGGGCCUGGGGGGCGUGUCGAACCCGGGCGAGGUCUUCUGCUCAGUUCCGGGGCGACUGUCCCUCCUCAGCUCCACAUCCAAGUACAAGGUGACCGUGGGGGAGGUGCAGCGGCGGCUGGCUCCACCUGAGUGCCUGAACGCCUCCUUGCUGGGCGGGGUUCUGCGCAGGGCCAAGUCGAAGAACGGUGGGCGCUGCUUGAGGGAGCGUCUGGAGAAGAUCGGGCUCAACCUUCCCGCCGGCAGACGCAAAGCGGCCAAUGUCACGCUUCUGACUGCGCUGGUGGAGGGUGAGGCGGUGCACCUUGCCCGCGAUUUUGGUUACGUGUGCGAGACGGAGUUCCCAGCCAGGGCGACGGCGGAGUACCUCUGCCGACAGAGUGAUCCGGAGCAGCUGCCCGCGCGGAGAAGCAUGCUACUGGCUACCAAGCAGAUCUGCAAGGAGUUUAUAGACCUGAUGUCCCAGGACCGCUCGCCUCUGGGUGCGGGUCGUCCCACGCCGUGUCUGGAGCCUGGCGUCCAGGGCAGCCUGACCCACUUUAGCCUGCUGACCCACGGCUUCGGCACCCCUGCAAUCUGCGCCGCCCUCACGGCCUUCCAGAGCUACCUGCUGGAGGCCCUCAAACUGCUGGACAAGGGCGAGGGGGGAGUCAAGGGCCACCAUGACAAGGACCUCAAGCACCGCAAGUAGGACCAAGUCUCGUGGAGGGAGAAAUGGACUUCACCACUCCUACACUCAUCCUCAACAGAGUGAUGAAGACGAGUGAUAUUUAUUUGUGUCUCUGGCCCCUUUGGUCCCUCAGACUGAUUCAGACUUUUCUCUAAAGAUGGGAUUCAUGGUAGCAGCACUGUUGCCCCCCAGCUCCACCAACCCCUCUAUUCUCAGCACUCAGUUACACACCAACCCCCAUCCCACAGAGCCCAAAAAUGACCACGUCUCACAUUGAUGAUGUCAAAAAAGAGGCGUAACUCAUCCACAAUUGGAGGCGAUUUCUUCUCAAACCUCACAGCAGGCAAGGGGGGUGGGGCAUGCACGUGAUUCUAUGUGCGUGUCAGUGGUGUGUGUGUGUGUGGUUGUGUGCGCGUAUGCGUGUGGGAGGAAGAGAAACAAGUCGUGAUGAAGAUUAUUUGAUGAAGAGGGUUUCAGGCAGCUGUGAACUAAG